CUCUGCGUCAUUAGGAAGCACCGGAAGUAGAUUUCGGCUCUGUUAUUCCGGGGGCUGCGACUCGUCGGAGUGCGACGUGUGAGGGACUGACGAUGGAUACCCAGAAGGAUGUGCAGCCGCCAAAACAGCAGCCAAUGAUAUAUAUCUGUGGAGAAUGUCAUACAGAAAAUGAAAUAAAAUCCAGGGAUCCAAUCAGGUGCAGAGAAUGUGGAUAUAGAAUAAUGUACAAGAAAAGAACAAAAAGAUUGGUGGUUUUUGAUGCCCGGUGAAGUCCUAAGAAUUCAGAGUAAAAGCUUCUUCUGGAAUUCCUACAACCAUUUCAAAUUGCAUAGCUUUUGGAUUAUAUGCUUUUCUUUUACAGAUAACACUGUAAUACUCUUCCAUUCUGUAGGUAUAAAUUAUUUUUAAAAUAAAAUUUUCAAAUGUAGUGUCAAA